UGGCUGUCCCCACAACGACGAGUACACCAAUCCUGUGGUUCGUAAACCGGGCUUUCACUUCUCCCCUGGGGAGUGCUGCCUGCAUCACACAGAGACCUUCAGAAGCCUGCUAUAAUCUUCAGGACCCAGGUACAGCAGUCCAACGGCAGACUGACGCAGCUGUAUCCCAGGGUGCAGUUUCUCUGUAGCUCCAUGCUUUCCGUAAUCCUAGCUGCCUGCUCCAGCUGCUGACAGGACUGCCAUCUUCUGCAACCUCCAGGAUCAGGAAAAAGAAAGAGGCCUCGAAGCUUCCAAAUCGCUUCCUCUUGGCCCAGGAACAAUGGCUGCCAUACCAGAAGAAGGCUCUUGUGUCAACUUCAAGGAAAUGAUGUUUAUUGACAACACACUUUACCUUAUACCUGAAGAUAAUGGAGACUUGGAAUCAGACCACUUUGGCAGACUUCACUGUACAACCGCAGUAAUGCGGAGCAUAAAUGACCAAGUUCUCUUCGUUGACAAAAGAAAGCCGCCUGUGUUCGAGGACAUGCCUGAUAUCGAUCGAACAGCCAAUGAAUCCCAGACCAGACUGAUAAUAUAUAUGUACAAAGAUAGUGAAGUAAGAGGACUGGCUGUGACCCUAUCUGUGAAGGAUGGAAGGAUGUCUACCCUCUCCUGUAAAAACAAAAUCAUUUCCUUUGAGGAAAUGAAUCCACCUGAAAAUAUUGAUGAUAUAAAAAGUGAUCUCAUAUUCUUUCAGAAACGUGUGCCAGGACACAACAAAAUGGAAUUUGAAUCUUCACUGUAUGAAGGACACUUUCUAGCUUGCCAAAAGGAAGAUGAUGCUUUCAAACUCGUUUUGAAAAGGAAGGAUGAAAAUGGGGAUAAAUCUGUAAUGUUCACUCUUACUAACUUACAUCAAAGUUAGGUAUUAAGGUUUCUGUAUUCCAGAAAGACGAUUAGUAUACACGAGCCUUAUGAUAACCUACUCUGUAUUUCUGUGACAAAAUACCUGAAGCCGCAUGAUUUAUAGAGUAAACAAGUUUAAUUGUC